AGGCAGACACAGAUUGCGUGGAAAAUUUGUAAAUAUAACUGUAGGCCUAUUUAUAUUGCAUGAUCAGUCGUUCAAGCUGAAUGUUCAGUGUGUGCAUAACAGGAGCCAGACUAACCAGACAAUAUGUGGACAACGGUCGGAAACAGGAGUUUAAUGAUGAAAACAACUUCUUUCCUGUCAUACAUCAAACGUGCUCAUUCCACACAAAAUUUACCGUGUGCAUUUUUCGCAUUGACUGACCAAUGGCCGAAGGCCUCGAUCCCGUUGUUUGACAGUAGGUCACGAAAUCUAGGUCGCGUUAACACAGUUAGACCGCUGUCUUUAUCGACAAUGUAUCAGAGUCAAGCAGCCGUGGCUUCCGUGGACUUCGGGGAGGCAAGUGACCCCUCCCCCCAGGGCAUUCAGGGGGACGAUUGUGUCAACUUCCGCCUGUGGAUGGAGAGUUGUCGGCGAUAUGGUUUGCCAGGCUGUGAUGAACAAGCGAACCACAUCGUGUCCGGCAGAAAAACCAUCUCUCAAGUGUUUCAGGAACAAGAUCAGAUCAUCAGAGACAUUGCAAGAAACUAUUCACAGGUGAGGAAGUCUAGCGCACCUGUUGACAGUGAGGUGUCCCGUCAGGGGGUCCAGGAGGGGUACGGCUACUGCGCCACGGUGGACUCCUCGGACAGCUGUGUGCAGGGAGUCCAGGGUCUGGACAUUCUUCACGGUCUAGUCAAUGUGGCGUCUCCCCAGGGAAUACAGGGGGACGAGUGUGUUCAGUUCAAACUCUGGCUGGAGAAUUGUCACCGGUUCGGGAUCACAGGGGAGUGUGAGCAACAGCUGAACAGCAUCAAGUACGGCCGGAAAACGCUUGCUCAGAUAUUCCAGGAACAAGAUACGCUUAUCCGACAAAUAGUCCAGGAGUACAAAUCCGGGAAAUCCCAAGAUUCCAGUUGAUUGUCAAAAACUUAGGGUGUGCCCAUAAUGGAACAUUGCAUGGAACAUUGCGUGGAACAUUACGGGGAACAUUACAUGCAAACCAAACUGUGAUAAUGUUUGUUGUCCAGGCUUUGACACACUGACAGUGUAACUGAAGUUAUAAACACACAGUUUACACAGAUUAUAUGUUGAGAACUUGUUUAUUUUCAUUUUGUACCGGUUGAUAUACCUUGUUAUAUACAUAAUAAUUUAAUGCAAAAUGUACCUGUUUUUACAACAUGAAUGCAAUAUGAAAUGAAACUGUUUAUAAUAAUUAUUAUGUAUAAUAAUUCAAUAUAAACUCAUUUAAACAUGAA